GUACUCGUUGAAUUCGGUCAUCCUGGUCUGAUGGAGAACUGCACUUAUCGCUAUACCGGAAUGGAUGAAUCACUGAAAUUAUUUUCGCUUUGGAUGGAUGGACCAGUAACUUUUGCUGCUGUUGUUUUGGCACUUUUCGGUGCACAUUUUGCUGUCAGAUUCCUUUCAAAAGCAGCGAUCAGCGGCGAAUUGACUGCUUGUACGUUAUCGAAUUGA